AUGAUCCGCAUAUGUCUCACAGUGCGGGAGCAGCCAGCCGUAGUGGCUUGCCCCGACAUGAGCUACCACGGCUUCAUCCGAGAUGAGGAGGGCGUCGACUGUAUUGUUUCCUUCCCCGGCAAAUAUGCCACCGGCUGGGAUGCACUCACCAGCGAGAAGACACACGGGCAAAGGAGCGUAGCCUGCGUGUUUCUCCAGACGCCUGAGGAAGGUUUGGGAAAGCAUUGCCCAGACCCUGAUGCUGAUGAGCUUGGCAAGUGCUACUGCAGUAAGCUCUAUGGUCUGCCGAAUCUUGCUUGCACUUUGGGAUAUGGUGUGCUUGGAAUUGCACAGGGCCUUGAGAAUGGCAAAGAGCGUAACUACCGCUCCUUCGGCUACCUCAUCGAGAUGAAGAAGGGCUGUUCGGAAGAGGAGAAAGCAAGGCAGCGCAGAAAGGCGGAGGCCAUGAAUGCGGUGCUGCUGAUGGGUGAUGAGAAUGAAACGGAGCGAGAGGAGAAGAUUAAGGGAGCACGGGAAAUGGAGGACAUUAGUGGACAGCAAGACCAGAGGCCCUCCUGGGGCUGCCAAUGGUAUAGGGACUGGAAGCUGAACGUGCAGAAGGCUCGGGACUUAAAACAGAAGCUCAAAGUGGUGUUCUUUCAUGGACAAGUUGGAAAAGGCAAAGUUGAUUGGGACCUUUUAUCGACGGAAGAUUUAUGGAAUGGUGUGGGGUGCGGCACAUCCCAAAAAGGCGAGAUUGCCACCUUGGACGCUGAGGGAUGGAAGUACGAGAGCGUGGAUGUCCUGAACCUGCUCGUGGACGAGUUCAGAGAAGGCUGCGAAGUCCAUGCUCGUGACCUCAAAAGCCACGAGUGGAAGAAGGGUGUCAUCGACAAGUUCAUUGGAACCUCAGACAGUGGACUCCUGUCCUGGCAAAUCAAGGCAGAGACCGGGGAGAUGUUCGAGUCGCAGCACCUGGUGCACCUCCAUGACCCCCAGGAUGCGUCGCCUUUGAAGCUGGGCCGCGACACCUUGCUGGAGACGCUGAAGAGAGCUGUGCCGGAAGGCGUGGAGGUCGAGGAGGGCAUCGCCGUCGAGGAGCAGAGGCUGCGGCAUGGCGCCCUAGCAGUUUACAUCCAGGUCCGAGCAGGCAUCAAAGGCUUCCAGAUGCUGCGAGAUCAGGUGCUGAGCGGAGACCUAGAGAUGCGCAUCAACCAGGAGUUGCAGGCCAAGGAAGCUUUGCAGCUGCAGGUCAGCAAGACCGAGUUCUUCAGGCACUUCGAGCACGCAAUGAUGAGGAGGCUGGCCCUCACAGAACACCAGAAGCAGAAGCUACGCGACAUGGCCGAACUCCAAGAUCAAGACCUGCACCUGUCCGGGCCAGCCGGCAGUGGGAAAACGCUGGUGGCCGUGAAGCACGUGCUCCAAAUCCUCUCAGCCAACAGCGAUGGCUGGGUGCUGUACAUCGCCACCUCCAAGGCUUUGGGCUUGUACUUUGUCACGUGGAUGCUGACGGCCAUGCCUCGGCGGGACCGCGCCCAGAUGGAGCGACUACUUUGCAGGAUCAGGGUCCAAGCUAUAGAGGACCAGCAUACCCCCGACGAGUCCAUACUGCUGAUCCCAAAGCUUGGGGACAAGACUGUCAAGCUGCAGCCGGAACCGGACACAGAGGUCCCGAAGGGACUGCUCCUCGCAGUUUUCGAUGAGGCGCACAUCACCUUCCCGAAGGCACACUGCGACGCAGCGAUGCAAAGUCUUCUCCUCUCGGACCUCUCCCAGAGCGCCGAGCUGGAACAUGAGUUUCCCGACAUGACCAGAAUCAAGCUGACCCAAGUGGUUCGCUGCUGCAAGAGAAUCGUGGCUGGCGCAACUGCCUUUGAGUACACAUCAGAGCCGCAAGAGGUGAAGGCAUUGGGACCAGAUGGACCACCGCUCAAGACCUUCAUCUUCGCCCAACCAAGCGAUGCAGACUUCUACUCAUCAUACUGCGAACAAACGGUUCGUGCUCUGCACCACAUCAUCCAGACAUUCCCGGGACUGAGCAUGACGGGCAGAUUAGCCAUACUGGUCCCCGACAAAAACUUUCGAGAGCAACUGACAAAGAAGCUUAGACAAGCCCUUCCCGCCAAGUUCGAACACAGAUGCUUCAAGCUUACCCGCUUUGACUCGGCAGCCCGUCCAGUCCCCGUCCUUGUAGCUUCAAACGAAGAAGAGGAGGAGGAGGAAAUCAUCGUGGUGGAUUCGCUGACGAAUUCCAGAGGGCUGGAACAGAUGCUGGUGAUUGGCGUUGCACUAGAUUCGCCAAUUGGACAAGGUGCAGACAAUUCGAUUCGCUCAAGGAUCUACCUUGCCCUCACAAGGGCACAACUUCUUGCCGUCGUGGUCAACCACGUCGUGCCAGAGGGAUGGCUGGCGUUUCUACAACGCCUGGAUUUCCGAGAGGAGACGCUUGGCAACACGAGGGAGAUGAACUCCCAGGUAUGGGAUGUACGCGCCAAUGUACACGUGGUCAUCCCAGAGCUCCUCUUCAACCCACUUAAGGCCCUGAGCUGGAAGGAGGAGCGCACCAGCGGCACGCUGCCACCUGCAAGACGAAACCACGCGAUGGUGUACGAUCCAAAGAGUGAGUCCCUGCUGGUCUUUGGCGGCUUCGGGCUCGGCACUGCACAGCACUGCAAGG